AUGCUCGCGGAGGCCGAGUGGCAGGCGGCUGUCCCAAGCAGCGGGUGCGCGUUGUCGCGCGCCUUUGCUCCUUUUGCAGAGCCAGCCUUCGGGGAGGUGAACCAGCUGGGAGGAGUGUUCGUGAACGGAAGGCCGCUGCCCAACGCCAUUCGGCUUCGCAUCGUGGAAUUAGCCCAACUGGGCAUCCGACCUUGUGACAUCAGCCGCCAGCUACGGGUCUCGCACGGCUGCGUCAGCAAGAUCCUGGCGCGCUACAACGAGACGGGCUCGAUUUUGCCCGGAGCCAUCGGGGGCAGCAAACCCCGGGUCACCACUCCCACUGUGGUGAAGCACAUCCGGACUUACAAGCAGAGGGACCCGGGCAUCUUCGCUUGGGAGAUCCGGGACCGCCUGCUGGCGGACGGCGUCUGCGACAAGUACAACGUGCCUUCGGUGAGUUCCAUCAGCCGGAUUCUGCGCAACAAGAUCGGCAACUUGGCCCAGCAGGCUCAUUACGACUCGUACAAACAGCACCAGCCCCCGCCACAGCCCGCGCUGCCCUACAACCACAUCUACUCCUACCCCAGCCCCAUCGCGGCGGCGGCCGCUAAGGUGCCGACGCCACCCGGGGUGCCCGCCAUCCCCGGUUCGGUGGCCAUGCCGCGCACCUGGCCCUCCUCUCACUCGGUCACGGACAUCCUGGGCAUCCGCUCCAUCACCGACCAAGGAGUGAGCGACAGCUCCCCCUACCACAGCCCCAAGGUGGAGGAGUGGAGCAGCCUGGGGCGCAACAACUUCCCGGCCGCCGCCCCGCACGCAGUGAACGGACUGGAGAAGGGGACUUUGGAGCAGGAGGCCAAGUACGGCCAGGCACCCAACGGUCUCCCAGCUGUGAGCAGUUUUGUAUCAGCAUCCAGCAUGGCUCCUUACCCUACUGCAGCUCAAGUCUCACCCUACAUGACCUACAGUGCUGCUCCUUCAGGUUAUGUGGCUGGACACGGAUGGCAGCAUGCCGGAAGCACCCCACUGUCCCCCCACAGCUGUGACAUUCCCGCAUCGCUGGCUUUCAAGGGAAUGCAGGCAGCCAGAGAAGGUAGCCAUUCUGUCGCGGCUUCUGCACUCUGA